AAGAUAAUAAACAUUUCUCCAUUGUACAGUUGUGUGAGUGAGUGCGCGUGUCAAACCGCGUAGAAGCGCGAGCCACGCCGCGACCAGAGAGGGGUUCCCCUUUCCAACAGAGCAGGGAGGCUGACAGAGGCUCCUUAACGUGUGAAAACUCGGACAACUAACAACCAGAAAGUACCGCCGUGGAUCGACUGAACACCUAAAGUCAAACUGCUUUUCUGAAAGUGAAAUGACCAGAUUUGAAGGUUAAAGUGCAUCUGUUUUGCGCCUCUCGUCGUGCGCUCUCACGACGGAUUUAGGUCUCCGAUGCCCAAAGAGUGCAGGAGAAAGACCUCCAAGGACUUCGGGCUUUCUGGAAUAAACGAGGGGUCGCGUUCAGAGCGGAGAACAGCCGCGAAGUCGUCGCAGAUUUGCGAUGGUCUCAUUCAGAAAGCCGCUCAAAUCGCCCCGUCGUCCGCCGCCGGAGCGCCGACUGUGAUGGAUGCGCGCCGGGUACCGCAGGUAACCAUCACCCCGGAGGGAGGCGGCUCCUCCCGGGAAAUGCAGCAGGAGGAUUGGGAUGAUGUGGUGGACGGAUCCCUGCGCAGGAAGCUGUCCAACUCAUCUAUCUCCUCUGGAGGGUCCUCCGCUGUGGAGUCCGAGGAUGACCUACUCAGUGACAACGAGACCAAAAGCAAAGGCAUCAUCACGUUAGAGCACCUUGGGGACACCGGAGAAAGCAAGCCGUGGUGGAAGUUAAAGACGAUCGUCCACUGGCCCUUUAGUGCUACCCAGAGGAGAAAACUGAGCUGGGUUCAGCUAGCCGGGCAUAAAGGUAACUUCAAAGCAGCAGACGAGGGCACCAUCCUGAAGAAGUUCUCGGAAAACGAGAUGCAGUGUUUUGAGAAGCUGAGGGAUGACGCACUCCUACCGUUUGUGCCCGGUUACCACGGCACUGUGGAAAAAGAUGGAGAGACUUUCCUUCAUAUGACUGACCUGCUGGCGAACUUUGACCAUCCCAAUGUCAUGGACUGCAAGAUGGGAGUGAGGACGUACUUGGAGGAGGAGCUUGUCCGGGCGCGGGAACGGCCCAAGCCGAGGGAGGACCUGUACCGUAAAAUGGUGGAGGUGGAUGGCGAUGGGCCGACUCCCCAGGAACAUUCCCAACGUGGCGUCACAAAGCCUCGCUACAUGCAGUGGAGGGAGACCAUGAGCUCCACCAACACCCUGGGCUUCAGGAUAGAAGGGAUCAAGAAAUGUGACGGUACGUGUCGGACUGACUUCAAGAAAACCAGAUCGAAGCAGGAUGUCAUCCAUGUGUUCAAAGACUUUGUUGGAGGGAACGUCAACAUUAUAACGUCUUACCUGAGCAGGCUGACGGAGAUCCGGCAGGCCCUGAAGACAUCAGAGUUCUUCAAGCAGCACGAGGUCAUUGGCAGCUCUCUCCUCUUUAUCCAUGACCACACGGGCAGUGCCCAGGUCUGGAUUAUUGACUUUGGCAAGACCACAGCCUUACCAGUGGGCCAGACGUUAACCCAUGACAUUCCCUGGCAGGAAGGCAACCGGGAGGAUGGCUAUCUGUGGGGGCUGGAAAACCUCAUCCACACCCUGGAGUCUGUCAACAAUGAAGGGACUAGCGAAGAAACCUUUUGCUCAGUUAUGAAAGAAAAUAGCCAAACUACUGAAACAGAUGGUCAGUGACUUUUGACUUUUAGACUUGUGAGAGGAACUCUAGCCAAUUUAAUGAACACCGCAGAGAGACGUUGGGAGAUGUUUCAUAUGUUGAUUUGCUUUGGGCGCUCUAUGAGAAAUAUUGAAAAGAGUACAGAACAGGAGCAGAGAAUUUGUCACUAGUUUAUGAAGGCUUGAGCAAAAGAACUGACACUAAUUCAACUUCCUACAAAAUGAACCGAAGUGAAAGUGUAGGGCCUCAUUUCAUUUUCAGGGAUGGGUUAUAUUUGAAGGAAAUGCUCAUGAAAUGCGAAUUAAAACAAGGAAUAUGUUAGCAAUCACAAAUCACAAACCUUAUUACCACUGAACCCUCAGCCCUGAUGUUGCAUCUGUAAGUGGAAUAUUAAAGCAUAAAUUCUGUGCAGUAUGAAACUCUGACUGGGUCACAGACCUCAUAGUCAUAUAACUACAAUACAUAACACAUCAAUAUACUGUAGUACUGCAGUGUAUAAUCUGUGUCACUAUUUUGAUAAACUGUCUUUUAUUGUAUAUCCAUUUAUAUUUCUUUCACUGAUUUUAUUGCUUGAAUCAAACUUUAAUUUAAACUUUAAAAUUUAAAUUAAACUUUAAUUUUCAUUUCUUGUGCUGUUGCAGAGCAUGUUGGAUACUGAUGCUGCAAUGUCUGUUAUAGCAUGUUCUUCGGUCCUGGUCAGACAUGUUCUGCAAAUGAAGUGAAUGAAAAUGUAUAAAAAAUUAAAACAGGAAAA